AUGUCGGCACCGCAAGCUGGCCCCGCCGAGUCUAGGCUCCUAUGCAAUUCCCCGCAGUGGCAGGCUGAAUCACGCUUUCUGUCAGAUGCAUACUCGACCCUGCGUCGGUCAGUAGGCCAGCGCGAGUCCACGACGACCCCGUCUCCAAAUGCCCUGGAGAAGGCCGUCGGGGCGCUCCCGAGGCCCAGUUCCCCUUCGUACCUGGCAGGCUUAGGGUCCGAGGCCGCUUUGAAGCACAUUAACGACGACAUAGUCCCGGCCCUCAAUGGACAGAGCCUCAGUUCACGGUACUACGGUUUCGUGACUGGUGGGGCGCUUCCGGUCGCCGAGGCCGCCGACAACAUCGUGAGCGCUCUGGAUCAAAACGUGGCCGUCCAUCUGCCGUCUGACACUGUGGCCACGGCCGUUGAGGAUGCCGCGCUGGGUAUGGUCACGUCGUUAUUGGGGCUGGAGUCGGAGCAGUGGCCUGGGCGGAUUCUCACGACCGGCGCAACCGCCUCGAAUGUGCUGGGGUUGGCUUGCGGGCGGGAAGCCGUCAUCUCGCAGCGGUUGAUAGCCGCCGGAGUAGAUCCCAAGGAGUAUUCUGUAGGCGAUUUUGGCCUGCUUCAGGCAUGUAUCAAAGCCGGAGUGCACGAAAUUCAGAUCCUUACCAGCAUGGGACACAGCUCGCUAUACAAAGCUGCCUCUAUCGUAGGCCUUGGCAGGAAAUCUGUCAAGGCUUUGCCCCUGAGCGAGUCCGAGCCUUUCCGUCUCGACAUCGCUGCUGUAGAGAAGGAAGCUGCCCGGGAGGGGGUUGCAACCAUUAUCGCUGUCAGCGCCGGAGAAGUAAAUACCAGCGGCUACGCCACUUCUUCCCGUGAAGACAUGGUGAAGUUGAGGGCUAUAGCGGACCGGUAUGAUGCUUGGAUCCACGUGGAUGGUGCCUUUGGUAUAUUCGCCCGUGCUCUACCACAGACAGAUGAGUUCUCCAGGCUGCACGAAGGUGUGGCUGGUCUGGAGCUUGCAUCUUCUAUCACAGCAGAUGGACACAAACUUCUCAAUGUGCCGUAUGACUGUGGCAUAUUCCUGACCCGCAGCCAAACAAUACAAAGCGAAGUUUUCCGCAACCCCAACGCGGCCUACCUUCCCCCAUCUAAAUCGCGAACAAUCCAGAACCCGCUCGAUAUUGGCAUCGAGAACUCGCGUCGCUUCCGAGCGCUCCCCGUAUACGCCGUCCUUAUUAGCGAGGGCCGACAAGGCAUGUCAGAGAUUUUUGCACGCAUGGUGCGGAUGGCACGCCGGGUUGCCGGCUUUCUGCGCGCGUCAGACGACUACGAGCUUCUUCUGGGCCAGGGCGAGACGGUUGGCAUCAUCGUCCUCUUCCGUGCUAGGGAUACCGGGCUGAAUAAGACGUUGGUGCAGAGGAUAAAUAAGAUCAGGGAGAUAUAUGUCAGCCCGACUUCGUGGCAAGGUAGCCCAGCUACUCGGCUGGCGGUUAGCAGCUGGAGGGUUGAUGUUGAGAAAGAUGGGGAUGUCGUGGAGAAUAUCCUAAAGGACGUUGCCAAAAGUUAUAAACUGGAGCAUUCUUGA